GAUGCUGACCCAAGGCACUCCAAGAGCACAGCUGGGGUGAACCUACCAAGCUAGACGGGCAUCAGGCCCAGGCCAAGUGACAGACUGCAUGGCUGUUGUCUGGAGACUGUCCCGGCUCUCCAGAAGGCCAGCCCAGCCACCAGAUUUGCUUGGACACAACCAUGUGUGAAUCUACCUACUAAGGUAAUUCCCUGACGGAUCAAUGACAGCCAAACGAUGACAAGUUGUGGCCAACAGUCCUUGAAUGUGCUCAUGGUCAUUCUCUCAUUGCUGUUCUCAGCAGUGCUGUCCGCGCACUUUAGAGUCUGUGAGCCCUACACCGACCACAAAGGUCACUACCACUUUGGCUUCCAUUGUCCUCGGCUUUCCGACAACAAAACUUUCGUCUUGUGCUGUCACCAUAACAACACGGUCUUUAAAUACUGCUGCAACGAGACGGAGUUCCAGGCGGUGAUGCAGCUGAACCUCACCAGGCAAUCCGAAGGCUACAUGCAUAACAACUACACUGCCUUGCUGGGCGUCUGGAUCUACGGCUUCUUCGUGCUGGUCUUGCUGGUGUUGGACCUUUUGUAUUACUCGGCCAUGAACUACAAUAUCUGCCGAGUUUACCUGGCGCGAUGGGGGAUCCAGGGGGCGUGGAUGAAGCAGGGCCCCGGCCGCUGGAGUAAGCCGGCUCAGGGUCCGAGCCCCGCUCAGCCUCCAUCCCCGGCGGCGGCGCCCCCAGCCCCUGCGGCCUCUGCUUCUGCGGCGCCCCCCUCCAGGCAACACACACUGGCAGAGGAGACACGCUAAGCCCACCACCGCUCAUGUCCUUUCCGAGCUCCUCGGCCUGAAAAACUCGCUGCUGUGCCUCGGGAUGGGAGAGGGGAGAUUACAAAACCACGGGCAGCUUCCAGAAGGAAAGACAUCCAGGGGGACAGAAGGACCAGCCAAGCGGGCGGUGGAUAGCGGUGACCCUUCAGCUGACUUAGGAAAUGAUGCUCUGCGGUGAAGAAGGGUGCCAGGACAGCAGUCCUUAAGCAAUAUUCCCAUCGUAGACUGAGGGUACUAGGAAGACGUUGGCAUCUUUACCAAGGGACUCCUGGCAGCAGCCAGGCCAGUGCCGCUCUGGCCAGACCCAAGGGAAGAAGGAUGACAAAUGGUUCAAGUCGCCCUCCUCCGCCUCCUAAUCUCCAGUAGUCACCAAAUCAAGCUUAAUGUAAAUGUCAGAAUAUUGAAUGUGAGGUUUUGUUUUAAGUUCUCCAGCGAAUAUGGGAGGGGUUUGCCAGCUGGUGAUCAGCCAGGGUGUCUGGCCCUCGCUCCGUGGAUGGGGAGGGGUGGGGGGUCCCGCAGCGGUACCAGAGACAGGAUUCAGUCCAGUUGUCUCACUUUCUGGGGGGCUUGAAUUCAAAAGGACAAAUAAGAAUGAAUCCCUAUGGCAUCCACCCUCAGACCAGAAAGUAGCCAGUCAAGUUCUGUGGUAGUCUCUGCAAAUGCCCAGCUCAAGCAUUCAUCAUCAGGGCUUACCAGUGACCAUGUCACAGAAUAAUCCCAUCACAGCAUUCUGAAUUCUUUAGCUUCCUGGAUUGCCACAACAUAGAAUGUUUGAACUAGAAGGUACUUUAUGGGCAACCUAGUCUGACCCUUGUGUUGUGCAGAAGGGGAAACUGAGGCUCAGAAAGGGAACACAAUGUUUCAGGGUCACAGAAGCAAGUCAGCAGUCAGUGACAUGAGUUCACAUUUCAGGGAUUUGCAGAAUGCUCCCCUCUCAACAGCCCUGUGAGGUGGUUUCAGUACGUGGAUUAUUAGUCCCCAUUUUGCAGAUGAGUAAACAGAGGCUCAGAGAACCCAAGUAAUUUGUGGCUGGUCACACAGCUAGUAAGGGUUGGAAUCAGGAUCCAAAGCCAGAUCUUCAGACUCCAAUGCGGUUCUCCAAUGUAUCAUGUUGCCUCCAAAUGUUUUUCUUUUUUUUUAAUUGAAUUGAGUUAAAUCUCCCAAUUAUGAGAUACCAAAUUCUGGCCUUCAAUUUCCGGGGAGAGCUCUGCUUGAAAAAGGAGUGUGUGUGUAAAUGUCUGGGACAAAAAUAGAUGCAAUUAGAGUCAGUUCCACAAAUGCUUAAGUCUAUGCUAGAAUAAUAACAGUGCGUAUUUUAUCAUUGAAAAGCAUUUCACAUCCAUUCUCCCAGCAAAUCUCCUUAUGACCCCUACAAGGAAGCUAGGACUGCCCUAGUAGCCCCAUUUUGCAGAUGAGGAAAUCAAGGCUCAAAUGUGGGAAACUGUUGCUCCCCAGCUUUCCCUCCUCCGUCACGGUCUUCUGAGAUCAAUUAAGAAAACACUGUUCAUCUAAGUACUUUAUCAAGUCUGUGUAAAGGUGGCUAGAAAGGGGGCCAGCUGGGCACGACUCACUGAACCCCUCCCCCUUAGCGUCUGAACGUGGGAUAUUAGAGUCCCGCAGUCCACUCUCCUCCGCCCCCACAGCCCUUGAAAGCGUCACUCCCUCCAGCGCCCCUUAGCCCCAGCGUCGCUCAAUCACCACGCCCAUCUGGACCACCUUGGACAGUGUUCAUUGGUAUUUUUCACCCCCGAGCAUGCAGCAGCAGGGCCUCCCUGCCCGGUGCCUGGGCAAAGCGAAAUGCCCAAUAGCCGCUUCCCAUCUAGGUCUGGUGGCCCUUUGUUUCUUAACAGUGGCUAUAAUUCCACCUCAUUAUCCCCUCUUUCCUUCUCUCUGCUGUUCCUACCCAGAGAGACACUCAUCAUUCCUUGGAAUGUGGCUUCAUCUCCCUCCAAGCAAAGAGUAGGUUUGGAAUGAGGGGGAAGCACUCAGGGCUUCCCUUAACACCCCCCUCCCCCAGGGCCAUCACAGGACACACUUCUUGCCCAGCCUCAGCCACUUCAGGCCAAAGUAAGAUAUUCCCGAGUCCCUCUUAGAGAAGUGGUCCCAUCAUCCCAUUCAAAAAUGAAUGACUCCUCUUUGCCCACCUUAUCAAGGUAGGCAAACCUCUACCUGGUUUUCCAUGCCCAUUGCAAUUUUUCAUUGGUCUGCCUUACCAGCUUUCUCUCUCAUUCUCCCAUUUCAAGGCCCCAAACCUACCUUAUUUCCUACCAUUCCCUUUCUAUCACCCUAGAAUCUAGCCAAACUGGACAAUUUACCUUUCCCUGAGCUAGGUCUUGUAGGCUAGGUAAGAUUUUGAUGGGUAGAGAUGGAAGAAACAACAAAGGUCUAGAGGCCAGAAAAGGCAGCAUAGUAGAAUAGCCCUCACUCUGUGAACUACUCUUGGGGACUCAGUUUCCCCAUCUGUAAACUUACAGUGUUGGACUAGCUAGUCCCUCAAUCUCUUUCUCAUAUUCUAGGCUUCUCAAUGCCAGUCACCCCAAGAGUAUGAAUUCCCUACCCAAAGGAUGAGCUGAGGAUGAACCGUGUGACUUUGCCAAUCACUGUUCUAAAGCUGGCCCCAGGAUUAUUUUCAAAUAUACACAGUAAAUUCUGGGAAUCCGGCAUGGUCGGGAAAUGGGGACUUUCCAAAGAAUCCAAGGUUCUGGUUAAUAAUGAGUCACCAGACAGACCCCACCCACUUUAUCAAACUUCAAAGAGUUCUCAUACAGUGUCUUAAAAUCCGCUGGGCCCUAAAAUGUUAUCAUUACAAUCACGAGAGAAAAAAUGGGUGCUAGAAGGUGCUAGAAGGCAAGGUCGUAGAUUUAAGGCUGGAAAGGACCUCAGGGGUCAUCUAGUCCUCACGCACCGUCUUUCCACCCCACCAAAUUGCCCUCAAUUCCUGACACUCCUCCUUAGCAGAUGGGAAUGACUGGACAAUUACCCAGGCCCAGGAAACACCCUCAGUCAGCCCCAGAGGGAGUGGUCAUCAAAAUCCCAAAGGAAGGCACACCUCCCAGUGGGCACAUUGAGCUGGUCUGGCCCUCCUGAUCAACCCUCUAGAUACAAACGGGGAAACUGAGUCUGAGAGAAUUUAUAUGACUAACUCCAGGUUCCACAGGUAGCCUUGAACCUAUAAGGUUAGAUAUGGAAGGAACCUUAGAACUGAACCUGGUUUGGUGGAUAAAGACCCAGACUCAGGGUCAGGAAGAUCUGGGUUCAAGUCUUGCUUCUCACACAUAAUAUCUAUGUCACCCUGGGCAGGUUACUUAACCUGGUCUGAACCCUGCCCCCCCCCCAAAACCAGAUGGCUAGAGUCUGAAAAGCUAGGUCUGAAUUACUCCCUGUGUGACAAAUCCCUGUGGAAGGUCACUUAAUCUCUCCAGGCCUCAGUUUUCCUGAAAUCCCUCCCUCCCAGCUCUAGACCUGUGAUGUCAUCAGCAUUGAAUGGCAGAGUUGGGGGAGAUCUUGGAGUACCCUGAUUGACUUUAACUCCAUCUUAGCAGACUUUUCCAUAACCCUUUACAAAGUGCAUUAGACAUAUUAAUGUGUCUUUUUUCCUUAAAACAAUCUUAUGGGAGAUAGGUAGCUCAAAGACUGUUAUUCCCAUUUUACAGAGGAGAAAACUGAGGGUCAGACUACUGGGUGUCUUAAGUUGUCACAGCCAGGACUUGGACCCAAGGUCUUCUGACUCCAAGUUCUGGGCUGUGCCAACGAUGACCAUAAUGUUAUCUUUCUUCACUCAGUAAGGUCCUUCCUGCUCUCACAUUCUUUGGCAAUUCAAGAAGCAUUUUGAGAACUUCCUGUAGGUCAGGGUUACCAGGAAGAACGCCGGUUACCGGCCACAGAGAUGUGGGACGUGCAGAUGGACACAGGCUUCCAGGCACUGCCAGAUCCAGGUAAUGGAGGGCUGACCUUCACAUUACCUAUUGUCUUUUCCACAGCUUCCCAAGCUAUCCUCACUCUUGUGUCCUCCUCCUGUGAGCUCCUGCCCUGUCCCUCAGUCCUUUGUCUAAAGAAAAAAUGGUAACGCCACCAACAAAGCUUACAUUCACAAAGGAAUUUGUAUUCAAUCCUGAUCUGUGUGACUUACUGUAUUUUGUACAGUUCUUUUCCUUCUGGGAAUUGUGUGUUAUUAAUGAGCAGUUCUAUGCUUUUUUCCUACCCUCUCCCUAUGUAUACUGUACUCGGUGUGUGUCUUGGACUCUCUAUACUGAGCCAAUAGUUGGUAGAUGCUCACUGGCUUAUUUAGUUUCUUCCACUUUAGCCACACCCACCUGUACAGCCCUUACCCAUCCCCAAGGUAGGGGAACAGGUCUUCAGCUGCUCCCAUAACAACACAUCUGGAAACCUAGUCAUUUGAUUGUCAGCAUUUGCUGUUGACUAAGAUCAACCUUAAGCUGUUAAUUUAAAAAUGCGUGCAUCUUGCAGGUAGAUUCCCAUACCCACCCAAGUCCCCACUACCAUGAUGCUUUACAGCAUCAAUAGGGGGUUAGCGGUAUUCCUGUCAUCAGGACUUUGAGGUCUCUGCUUAACCGAUGGAUGCAGACAAUUUAGAAAACACCACAGGCUUUGGGCUGGAAAGGAGAGUUAUUCAUUCUCUCAUCUUGGGGCUCUGCCUAUCAGGGUCCCCUACAGGCUCGGACACAGCCCCACUCCCCAACCUAGGGGGCUGGCUGAGGUAGAAUCAUCAGUCCCGUGAUGACAUGAUGUCUUUGGGCUACAAAAAGCAUUUCACAGGCAUCGCUUCACUGGCUCCUUGCAGUAGCCCUAAAGAUAGAGGGUACGCUGAUCCUUCUACCCAUUUUCAGGUGAGGAAACAGAGGGAAGCUCUUGAGGGUGAAAAGUGAUGGAGCCAGAGCGCGAAUCCAGGUUUUUGGACUUACAGGUCAAGACUCUCUCCUGCUGUUGUACUGGCUCUGUGGCUUGUCCAGCCUUUGCUGCUUGUUUUCUCACCCAUAGUCACGUCCGUCUCCUCACCUCUGAUGGAGGAGAUGAAACCCAGAUUCAUUCAGAUGAAGUGUUUGGGGGGCACCUCCAUCAUGGUGCCCCCUCCAUCCUAGCCCUUCACCCCUCCCCCUUCAUGCAGAUAAUCGGGAGCUGUGCGUUAAAACAUCCCACCCCUGACAAUCCAGACUGACUUUCCACCCUCUUGUGGUGCUAUUUCCAGCCUACUCCUCACCUGUUAAUUAACAGGAUACUUCAGAGCAGCACAGUUUCCUGAUUGACUAAUGAAGGACGGAUUCCUAAUGACUUUGGGUACUAUGGAUCCAGGAUCCUCAGAAGGUCAUGAGCAAAUUGCUGAGCUAGGACUGACAACUCUCAGAACAGUAAAAACUUCCCAUCAGAGAGCUAGAUUUUGGGCGAUACCGCUCCAAACACUGAGUCACAGAACUGAAAAAUCGGAGAGUUGGAAGAGACUUCAGAAACCCGUUAGUCCAGCCCUGAGCUGAACCACAAGUCCAUUCUUUAAUACCCCUUACAGGUGGUUACCUAGCUGCUAUGCGGAUACACCCUAUGACAGGGAGCUCACUACCUGUUCAGGUAGACAGUUGGAAAGUUCUAAUUAUUCUUUCUCCUCUCAAGCCAAAAUCUGCUUCCUAGAACUUUCUGCUAUUACUACCAGUUCUGCCCUCUGGGGCUAAGCACAAGCCAAAUCCCUCUUUCCCCUAAUAGUGUUUUAGAUACUUAUAUCAUCUCUUUUCUAGGCUAAAUAUCCCCCAGUUUUUCUAACUGAUCCCCAUGUGGCAUGGACUCAAGCCCCUUCACCAUACUGGUUGCACUCCUGUGGGCACCUAGAACAUACCAAUGUCUUUCUCAAGCUAAUGUGCCCUGAACUGAACAUUAUCCAAAUGUGUCCUGAUGAAGGAAAAGGACAAGGACUUGCACCUCCCUAGUCCUGGACACUACAUCUCUCUUAAAACAGCCUAAAAUUUCAUUAGCUUUCUGGUCUGCCAUGUCACUCUGUUGAUUCACACUGUCUUUUUUUUUUUUUUGGUGGUCCACUAAGAACUCCUGAUUGUUUUCAUUGUAAUUAUUGUCUGGCCACAACUAUAUCUGAAUUGACUGCACUUGAGGGCAUGACAUAAAUGUAGCUAUGUUCUACAUUACAUUAAUUAGACAUCUGCCCUCCAUUGUAACAUACACCUCCACAAAAAUUCUAUUAUAUAAUAUGUAUUAUAUAAUAUUAUAAUAAUUCUAUCCUUCAAUCUUAUGAUAAAAUUUUUCCAUUCUGGACUUGAUCAUAUCUGAGGACCCCAAGAGGAAAGGUUAGGGAAAGUACAAGUUUAUUACUUGCAACCUGUUGCACAGGAGUCCUCUGAGAUGUCUCUGGCACAGAGCAGUGCUCACAGAACAAUCAGUGCCUACCCAUGAGGGCCUUGGGGGAAAGGUAGGAGAAAGGUAUUCCUGAGAUAAUACAGUACUUUAUCUUGGGAAAAACUAGUAAAAAGCUUAGUUCUAUAAUAAAGGAGGCUAUUCAUGGGUCUCAUGGGCCAUGUCCAUUUCAUACAUUUAUCAGGGAAGGGUUGACACAGGUCAAAAUUAAUGAAUUAAGUACUUUCCCAACAAUCCAGCACUCAUCGAAUGUCAGAGCUGCAAGAGACCUGGGAACAGAGAUCUAAGGCAAUGACCCUGCCUGAAGCAUUACAUAAACCCAAAGGAUGAGUGAGAUCCGUGUCGCUGGGGACAUGGUCUGACCUACAGUGGGUCAGACACGCAAGCUGCUUUUCUAUUCUCCAGUAUCAAGCCCAGAUGCAUAGCUCUGAUAAGCAUAGGACAAAGGCAAAUGACUGGAAGGGGUUAUGAGCAAAUGAUGCCCGGGGCCCAUUGUUUUCCAAUUGGCUCAUUCUAUCUCCCAAAAGGUCACCUUCGCUGCAACCUCCUAAGUGGGGGAGACAGUAUGAUGCAAUGGAAAGAACCCAGGCUUAGAAGGCAGGAGACCUGGGUUCUAAUUCUGGCUCUGCCUCUAACUCCCUGAGUGGCCCUUCCUCUCCCUGAUCCUGCAUUGCCUCGUCUAUAGAAGGAGGGUAUUGAGAACAAACAUACCAUGGAAUUCUAGGUCUUGCCAAAGCCCUCCUAAUGCGGUUCUGCAGGCAGUUUGGAAGCCCUUCAGUCCCUGAUAUGGAGAGUACAUUCAUACCCAGUGUUGGGAAGAAUGAGGUUGCGGUGAAGACAUCUUUCUUUGAUUAGCAGGAGCGUCAUUAUCAGUCUACACCCUGGGAUUCCCAUGCCUGGCUACAGAUGGGCUAUGAAAGGGUCAACAACUCCUAACCAAUCCAGGACCAGAGUGCCUGAUAGGAAGACCCUAAACCUGCUGCCACAAGGUACCACCAGGACACUGAACCCAGACACGUCAAGACAGACUGCUUUGUCAGAAUCACAUCAUAUUGACUUAGGAAGUUUUACUUUAUCCUCUGUUACUUACUAUUAGUUACUGGGUCCUCAGCCGAAACAGAUGCACAAUGCCAAGGACUUGUAUUCCCCUCCCCCACAGAACGUAAUCUCCUUGAAUUCAGAGACUGGCAUUUUGGUCUUUACAUCCCCCAUUCCUCCCAUGGUGCCUGACACAGGGUAGGCAUUUAAUUAAUGUUUGUUGCAUCCAAUUGAAUUAAACAUCAAAGAUUUCUGUCGUUUGUGACAUCUAUCAAUAAUGAGCCUCUGGCAUCACAAGUCAUUUCUUUUAAGACUUAUAACACUGUGCCAAUCCCUGCAUAGUUGUAUACCCAACCAUGGGUUGGCAGCCUUGUAGCAGCUCCUCUCCACAAAUUUGGAUUCACCUUCAAUAAGAAUAUUGCUUAAGAGUCAAAGGGAAGCACCUUAUGUGUAUACAGCAGCAUUUGGAACAAAAAACAAUGCAUAGGAAAAGACACAGAUGGUGGCACCGUGUUCCCUUGCUACCAGUGGCAGUAUGGUGCCAGUCAAGAAUGCAGAUUCCAUAACACAGCUAGCAAUGAAUGUUUGGAAGGUUUGAAUUCUUUGGUGCAAUUAGACAUGCCACUGCUAUUAAAAAUUUCUCCUUGGGCUACAUCCCAACCUGGUUAUGGCAUUGAACCCCUAGCAAAGAAGACACACUUAGGCUGCACUGUCCCUCUGAAAAUGGGAGGGAUGACCAUGAAAGGUGUUUUCAUGGCAGCUGCAUCACCGUGCUGUGUCCACACACACAAAAAGGAGAGGGAAAGGAGCUUCCUGCAGAAGCAGCAUGUAUAUUGGCCACGUUUUCUGUCUUGGGCUACAUGACUGACCUGAUGCUUUACAAACAAAGUGCUGAAUGAGGUCACCACUAGACUUCAGAACUGGAAAGAAAUAUUGAGGUCGCCUAGUUCUCCCUCUCAUUUUACAGAGGAGAAAACUAGUCCAGAGAGGGGAGGGGACUUGUCUCCAGUCACACAGGUUGUAAGCAGGCUGAUAUCAGAACCUGGGAUUCUCUUGACUCUAAUCUUGCUAUUUCAGCAUGUCUCCUCUAGCUCUGAGACUCUACGAUUCCUGUUACAUACAUCAUCUUUUCCAAACCUGGCCCGUUCUUAGCCAAAUUGGUUCAGGUUGUUGAAAGAACUGUCAAUACGAAUUUGACCCUUAUAAAUUGGAUAACACCAAGACAAAGAUUUCCCACUCAGAGGCUUUUUUAAAAAGUCAGAUUACAUAGUAAACUCUUGAAGUUAAAUGACAUUAGAUCUUAGAACCUAUUGAAUUUCUUUCGCUGUUGAGUUGAUCACAUUAGGGAUUAGCCAGAAAUAACUCUUUUGUGUCUUCACCAAUUCCUAUGAUGUUAUUCUGUUCAUCAUUUUCCCCUGAAGUUUCUAUUUCGGAGCUAAGGAAAUGUCUCACAAUUCAAUAAAAUAACUGAUGGAGUCCAAGGCGAGGUUACUUGCAAUAACUGAGACAGUAUUAAAGGACAAAGAGUUUAUCCAUCUUCUUUAGUUGGAAAUAGCACUCUCCCAAAGCAGUCUGUGUUUUCUUCCAUCCUCUCCAGUGACCAGGAGUGGGCUCAUUGGGUCAGGAUCAGUGCUUCUGUCUCUCUCUUGUCAACCCUGGAUGGGCUCAGUCAUGGGGUGUUUCUAAGAAACGGUGUCCAGGGAAACCAAAUACUAAUAAAUAUGAAUAAUAAUACAAAUAAUAAUAACCACAACGUGUUUUACACUUAGCGUUAUUGCGCUGCUUUUGUCUUUCUAUACCGUAGUUUUUAUAAAGAUGUCUUCUGGUUUUAAUAAAUGAGUGUGAUGUCAAUUACUCCCUCGAUUAAAAUUGGCUUUAAUGUUUCAACACGG